AUGACGGCGGCGGAGUUCAUGGCCCUCCGUACUCGGGCCCUUGGGCUUCUAAAUGGCGCGAUCACCAUCAGUUCCACCUUCCCGAUCAAGGGAGGCAUGGGACUAGUCCUCUGCGACGAGGGUCAAGGUACCUCAUGUGUUCAAUUUUUGAACAACAUGCAGGGUUACACUGCCAAGAUUCGCUCUGGCUUGUGGCCGCGGAUUGUCUGCUUCAAUCCUGCGGUUGCCCGCGGUGUCACUGUUGACCAACUAGGUUGCAUGGUUGAGGAAGGUAAUCCAAUCUCAACCAAGGACAUUGAUAGUUCUAAGCUGGUCUCCUCCGUGUUCUGGAGAGGCCAGCAUAUGGUCUUGUCGGUCUCUCCGACUCUCUAUCACCGUCUUGCGGCUGGUGGAGAAGGAAAGACCCGACUG